AUGGCACCUAUCCGAUCGAUUAAGAAGCAGACCUCCGUAACGAAGUCUACAGCUGGGAAAGGCACUCUGCCCUCGACCCAGUCUGGCCUCUUUAAGGAUCAAUUUCAGACGACGAAAAAGGAUAAGCGUCAAAUCAAGCAUAAUAGUUUUAUGUCAAGGAUCGAGAAGAGCUCGCAAAAAUCUGCCAAGCGUCGCAGGUCAUCCAAAAAACUUGCUGCCAAUCUUGAGUCGCUGGCCGACGCUCUACCAGAAGCCGAUGAAAUAGAUGACCCUAAAAACCAAGUCAAAGUUAUCAAGCAAACGACUCUUAAGCAUAAACCCGGAGCCAUGAAACGGAGGGAAAAAUUAGAGAGGUUGGAAAGAGAUCGUUUUGCAAAGAAUAUGGCACAGAUGUCUGGCAUUGAAUCGGCUGCAGCAGCAAAUGGGGGUUCAGAGAAUGGGUCAGGCUCCAUUUCAAACAGGUGGGCUGCACUGAGGAACUUCAUUUCCCAGACAAUGGAACAGCAGCCAGUAUUCAAAGAAAAUAAGUAA